UUUGAAACAUAUUUGGGCACCUUACCCUGUUUCACUUGUUUCGUGUUUUACUUGUUCGGCGGCGGAGGCAACGGUAGCAGAAGAAGGAUUGUGAGUGCGGUUCUGUCGCUGUGGACGGGGCCGGAGAUGGCGGAGUACAGUCAGACGGGUAUAUUAACGGCUCUGCUGCUGUUUACUGUGGUAACCGUGAGGGACAUUUAUGUGGGCCGCAGCAGCAUGACUCAACAGGACAGCACUGGACCCGACAUGCACACACCGAGACAGAACAAACACGCAUUCUACACGGGUCCGGUUCUCAAGUUCCAAUAUUGUAUAUCCUGAGGGUACAGUAAGGUGUUCCAGGAGUACUCCCGGUCCAUCAGCCAGCUGUACCCGGACAUCCGAAUUGAGGGAGAGAAUUACCCUCCCAAACCCAUCAACAAAUACGUUGGAAAUUUCAUCUCCUACUUCAAACUGCUUGCCAUCGCCUUGAUUGUGACUGGACAAAAUCCUUUCCAAAUGUUUGGAAUGGACACUCCUAGAAUAUGGUCCUGGGGACAAGAGAAUAAGAUUUUCUCCUGCCUCAUGGCAUUCUUCCUUAGUAACAUGUUGGAGACCCAUUUCCUCUCGACAGGGGCUUUUGAGAUUUCAUUGAAUGAUGUACCAAUUUGGUCCAAGUUGCAAUCAGGAUAUGUGCCCAACAUUCAGGAACUUUUCCAGAUCUUGGAUAACCACCUUAAAAUGAAUCAGGUCGACAAGAUGAACUUUCCCUCACCGUAGAGCUGUUGUUUUUGCCAAGAGACAGGUCGCCGGAGCUGUUUCUCUGGUCAGCGGGACUGUGGACUGUGCCAUAAUGAAGGCCUGUGCUGCAAACAGCAUGCUGUAAGCACAGGCUUGAUGCUCGGCCACCACACACACUCUUUCUGCCCAGCGACACACACCUUUGGAUCGACUACAUCUCUUCAGAGCAUAAAAACUACAUGCAUUCAUAGUAUGAAUGUCACGUGUGAGAUAAAGGCACUACAAUUAGUUUUAUCCUGAAGCUUGUAACAAACUCCGUUUGUAACAAGUGCUUUCAUCUGAAAUUGAAUGGAAUGUUCCAUCUUUCUCAAGGGCAACUGUGAUGUUUUCUUAACAUAGAUGUCUUUAAAUGACCUUUAACAUAAUUAUUUGUUUGCACUGGUGUAGACUGUACUGUACUCGGGGUAUUGGACUUUUUUUAAUUAGUGGGAAUGUGUGCAUACUGCGAAAACAUGCAGUUUUGUUAGUGAGCUAGAGCUUUUUUUAAUGCUUGAAACUGUACCUUUUUUUGUCCUGUUUGUGACAGGUUUGCAGGUUAUAUUCAUAAGUACAGCAUGUGCUUGUGGAGGGUAUUAAAGCCAGAUCUUCCUCUCUUCUGCUUAAACUUUAACUGUAUACAUUAGCACUGCCAGAGUAAUCUGUGGAAUCAGUGUAAUUUUUUAGAUUGUUGCAGUCAUCUUGAUGGUGUGAUUGAGUGUUGCAUAUCAGAAGAUGUGAAUGGAAUUUUCAAAGACUCCCUCUAUUUUUCCAGCUCUCUCCAUAUUGAUGUAAGCAAUGUACCCCUUAUAUUUUAGUGUACCUCUCUGUGGUUGGUAACAAAAGUGAUACUAAUAGUUGGGAUUAAGUUGCAUUGAGAGAGGAAGUUUUACUCUAUUUCACAGUGAUGUAAAAUAAAGAUUAAAAUAUUUAAAAACCUUA